GGAAGGAGCUGCAGAAAAAGGAGCCGGAACUGUGAGGAGCGACGGAAGUUAGAGCCCGUUGUUUGCGCUGCAUGGUGGUCAAACGACUGAAGAAGAACAAGGAGGAGCCGACCUUAUCUCUAUACUUCAAGGACAAACAAAAAGCAGUUUGCUAAAUAAUUUUACAUAUGGACAGUGGAGACUGGGAAAGUUCUUCAGAUACUGAGAUUGUUUCUCAGGAUGAUAAUGAUGAGGAAGGGAAUUACUAUGCUAUUGAUUCCAAGUCCAAAUUACAAUUCAGGAAAGAAAUCUCAAAGGGUCGAUGGAAUAAUAAACUGGGAAUGGCUGAGGUUGUAGAAAAGAAGGGGAAGAUGUGGGUGACAACAGGGAUAGUUCGUGGUGGCAAGAUCUAUUGCACAAUUGAGGAAACUUUGUUUUUGGCUGAAAUCGGGGCACUGCUUCUUUUGGAUGAAAAUGAUAAAUGUCUUUCCUUGAUGGACAUAUUUGAGAAGGUUGCACAAGAAGAUAGUGGGUGCAGUUGGGAAUAUUUCGAGGUUUACAGACACCUAAAAGCUCUUGGUUAUGUAGUUGGUCGGCAUGCUGUUCCUUGGACUAAGAAGGAUCUUAAAGUUAAUGCUGAAACUGUUUUGCUUGAUGGUAGUCCAAAGGAAAAUGACUCAGUAGAAAUGGGUACGAUAGCUAAGAAUCACAUCAUUGAAUUAUUCAAUAAUAUGCAUAUUGACGAAACAAGGCCAACUUUUGAUGUUUAUCUUCCAAAUAGCAAGUUUAGAAAGUCUUCUCCAGGUGAUCCAAGUUUUGCACUCUGCCUAUGCAGGAGCUACGACAAUCCCCCAUCCAAAGAAGAAAUUAAUAACCUUGAGCAACAAUGUGGCAACAUACCUCUGAAGUUUUGUCAGGUAGAGAAUGGACGAGUCAGUUUGUUUUCCUUCGACAAGGUGGAACUCCCUGCCUUGCCCUAAAUUUUCUAGCUGGACACAUCUUACAACUUCAGAGUUUACAGGAAAAACAACUCUCAAGACCUCUAUUUUAACUGAAAGUAGCUCAUGGAGUUGCAACUCCCUGAAUGCAAUGCCUGCUCCGCAGAAUAACCUUUCUGUACUUCACACCUUAUUGACAGCAGUUUUCAGGGUUGAUUCUUCCCUGCACAGAAUAGCUAAUCGAUGUAUAAUUUAUGCCGCCUUUUUUUUUUUUUUCCGAGUCUUUAACUACGAUUGUUGUCAAUU